CAGCUGACCUGUAACGAGGGACGACCCUAACCAUGGCAGCGACACUCGCGAAGAUCGAGGAGAUCGAGACUGAGAUGGCACGGACACAGAAGAACAAGGCCACAUCGCAGCAUCUUGGCAUUCUGAAGGCCAAGCUUGCGAAGCUACGGCGUGAGCUGAUCGCACCGCCGAAGGGUGGUGGUGGACCAAGUGGCGAGGGCUUCGAGGUUUCGAAAACAGGGGAUGCCCGGGUCGGCUUCAUAGGCUUUCCAUCUGUCGGAAAAUCAUCACUGCUAACGCUUCUCACGGGGACAGCAAGUGUAGCAGCAGCGUAUGAGUUUACGACACUUACCUGCAUUCCAGGAAUGCUGUACCACAACGGAGCGAAGAUUCAAAUGCUCGAUCUUCCAGGAAUUAUUGAGGGCGCUAAAGAUGGUAAGGGAAGGGGGCGGCAAGUCAUCGCUGUUGCCCGUUCGUGUGACCUAAUUCUGAUUGUGCUUGAUGCGUCGAAGCCGGCAAGUCACAAGCGAAUCAUCGAGAAGGAGCUGGAGGGCUUUGGAAUUAGGCUGAACAAGAAGCCGCCUCCAGUAUUGUUUCGCAGGAAGGAUCGCGGAGGUAUCUCCUUUUCCUCAGCCGUCCAAACAGACUUGAAUCUGGAUGUUGUCAAGAGCGUCUGUGCUGAGUACCGGCUUCACAACGCCGACUUUGUCGUGCGCGGAGAAUGCUCUAUUGAUGAGAUCAUCGAUGUUAUAGAGGGCAAUCGCAGGUACGUCCCAGCUCUGUACAUUGUGAAUAUGAUUGACAAGAUCACGAUGGAGGAGCUGGAGCUCUAUCACCGGAUGGACCGCUACGUUCCCAUUUGCGGGAAGUUGCAAUGGAACAUUGAUGGUCUUUUGGAGAAGAUCUGGGAUGACCUCCAGCUAGUGCGCAUUUAUACUAAGCCCAAGGGUGUCACAGUGGUAGAUUUCUCGGAACCAGUGAUUCUGAAAAAUGAGGAACGGAUGCGGACAGUAGCUGCAUUCUGCAGAAGAAUUCACAAGACGCUAGAAAACGAACUCAAGUUUGCUCUUGUGUGGGGAAGAAGCACAAAGUUCAACCCACAAAAGUGUGGUAAGGACCACGUGUUAUGUGAUGAGGAUGUUAUUCAACUCGUCAAGCAGAUUUAAAUUCAUGGCAAGAUAGCAUAGAUUAUGCGCUGAUCAGAACGCAUGUGCGCCAUUUGGCGGUCACUACUGCGAUUUGAAACGGCGCGAGAGCGAAACUGGGGUAUAGCGACAGAACACGCCCGGGGCAUGCGGUGAUCUGAUACUUCAGGUCUCUGCAUGCCUCGUAACUUUGUGGCCUCGUUCUUACAUUAACCCGGGACAUCACAGCAGUUGUAAAGAAAGGUGCCUAACUGUGUAUAUUUCGAUGAAGAUUUUGACAUAAAAAGAGCAUCAUCUGUACUUGGCUGAGCUCACAUGGGAAAUGAGCUAGUGGUUGUCAUCAAGUGAUGGCAGGUGCUCGACUGAAGCCCCAUAUCUUGCUAUGACAACCGAAAUUGCUUUUGCCGGGAUCCCAACACUCUGCGCGACUUCACGACCACAAGGGCAAUGGCAAUCCCGGUCACAUAGCACGAGUCGCAGGAAACUAUGUCAGUACGGAAUCGCAUUGUUGGCAAUGAGAGCGCUGCCCGCUCAAGCCUGCAUGCCGACCGACAACACGAAGGGCGAGCCACCAUUUCGAGGUAUUCGACAAAAGUCCUUUGCCGACGCAAUGGAGACUGGAAUGCUCGAAUACGAGAAGAAUAUUGCAGCUGUCAAACGUAAGCUGUUCGCUCAAAUAUUGUCAUCGGAGACAGUCGUAGACAUCGGCAUUGGGACCGGCCCGAAUCUUCGCUUUCUACAGAAAGGCACACACGUGCUAGGAGUCGAUCCAAAUGAGUACAUGUGGCCGUAUGCAAUGCAGAAAGCCAGAGAAAACGGAAUAGAGCUUCGCGUGGUUGGCGGGGUGGGGGAGCAACUCCCAGUUGAAGAUGAAAGCUGCGAUGUGGUGAUUAUCACAUUAACGUUGUGCAGCGUCCGGGAUCCGUGUGAGACGUUAAAAGAAGUUCUGCGUGUGCUGAAGCCAGGGGGACGACUUUUUUUCAUUGAACACGUCAUUGCGGAUCGGUCCCGUCCUGUUUUUCGCCUUGUACAGAACUUGCUAAAUCCCCUUCAGG